AUGAGCUUUCAGGAGGCGCUACAGGAUCUUCACCUCGUGUACGAUUAUGAAGUCCAGGUCGACGGCAAGACGGAGCUAUGGGAAUACGAGCUCUGGUUUGCGCACGAGGCAAGACACUUAGCCGUGUAUGCCAUACACGGUGGACCAAUGGCAGGCCGUCGAAACUUCCAAGAAGCAAUCUAUCGCUGCGUGCGCAAAGGUAUCUGGCAAAUCAACUGGCUCGAAGAGACGGGCACUAUCGUCUCGAUCGUGUACGACAGCGAACAGGGUCGUCUGACCAGCUUGAUUGCCUUUUCACAGGGCCACUGGGAGAAUCCAGACUUGGCCAAAGGCGAUAAGCGAAAUCGCGAUGACUUUGCUCGAUGGCGCGAGCUUGCAAAGAUUGGCUCGCAGACAGAUCGGCAUAUUCUGGCCGAGCAUGCCAAUAUCAAGCAGAUUUUUAGGGGCGCCGGAACGCUUGAGCCCAUUGAUCCUUCGUGGCCAACGCGCUAG